AUGUUGAAGAUGGUGGGCUCGAUUGGCUGGCUGUUCGUUUCCCUAUGGCUUUUUAGCGGCUUUUCUGUGACCCAUGGGUGGAGGGUGGCUGUCGAGGCGACCGUGCUUUGCAACGGGAAACGCUACUAUGGUGCCCGCGUCUCGCUUAUGGAGAGGGACAUGCUCUGGGACGACGAGCUCGAUUCGGAUACGUCGAAUUACGUGGGGGAAUUCUUGCUAUUUGGUGCGCAAUCUGAGAUGAUAAUGAUCGAACCAUAUCUGAAGAUCGAGCAUAAGUGCCCCGGGAGAGGGAAGAAAUCGAAAUCGCCGUGCGGCGGCACGAUAGUAAUGAACUUCCCAAAGAAAUACAUCGGCAGCGGCACGUGGAAGCCAAAACACAUUGAGCUGUCUAAGAAUAGGAGAAAUACCCCAGCCGCCCAUUGCCCUCCACCAAAGCCCUCCACAAACUCGACCAAGUCACCCGCCAAGGAGCGUAUGCUCAAAUCCAACAAAAUUGAUUGCGGCUUUUCUGUGACCUUUGGGUGGAGGGUGGCUGUCGAGGCAACCGUGCUUUGCAACGGGAAACGCUACAAAGGUGCCCGCGUCUCGAUUAUGGAGAGGGACACGCUCUUUGACGACGAGCUGGGCUGGGAUUGGUCGAAUUACGUCGGGCAAUUCUGGCUUAUUGGUGCGGAAUCUGAGUUUGGAGAGAUCGAGCCGUAUCUGAAGAUCGAGCAUAAGUGCCCUGGGAAAGGGGGUAAGAAAUCGAAAUCGCCGUGCGGCGGCACGAUGGUAAUAGACUUCCCAAAGAAAUUCAUUGGCAGCGGCACGUGGAAGCCAAAACCCAUUGAGCUUUCUAAGAAUAAGAGAAAUACCCCAGCCGCCCAUUGCCCUCCACCAAAGCCCUCCACAAACUCGACCAAGUCACCCGCCAAGGAGCUAACCACCUACUUCAACUCGGAUCCAUGGUGGAUUAUAGCGCAUUCGUGGUUUUUCAUGCUCACCUCCCUAUUCAUGAACUUUUUCGCAGCAUUUUUGGUGUAUCGACACUCGAAUAUGAAUAUCGGAAGUUAUCGAUAUAUCCUCAUCGCAUUUUUGCUCUUCAACGUUCAUUUUUGUUUGGUCAAUUCGGUCACUGAUGUGAGACCCCGGAUGGCCAGUCAUUCCCUGAUUCUGAUCGGCGCAUUGGAUAUUCUAGAUGAGGGCGUAUCGCUUGUCCUCAUCUACACCACUGUAUUCGGGUUUUGCGGGGCUGUACUAUUGACGACCAGUCAAGUCAUUCAUCAAGGAUUGAUAUUUUUUGGG